AUGACUGAGUGGGCCCUCCUGGUGCUGACAGUCCUGACGCUGGGCAGGGUCCCGCUCGUCCCGGCGACCCCGAUCCCAGCCUUCCAGGUCCUCCCUCAGACCUCUCCUCCGGCCACUUCCCACUCUGUGACCUCAACAAGCCCCUCAGCUUGGAGGGGCCCCAGCCCCGGCCCCCGGCCCGGCCCACGCAUCACCCUCUCGCUGGAUGUCCCCCUUGGCCUCCAGCAGAUCCUCCUGGAGCAGGCCCGGGCCAGAGCUUCGCGGGAGCAGGCAGCCGCCAACGCGCGCAUCCUGGCCCACGUUGGCCGCCGCUGA